CGCCCGAGAGGCCCGGCCCGGCCGCCCUAGCAGGCCGCGCGCGGGCCACCCGGCCCGAGGCCGGAGCCAUGGGCGAAACCAAGAUCAUCUACCACCUGGACGGGCAGGAGACGCCGUACCUGGUGAAGCUGCCCCUGCCCGCCGAGCGCGUCACCUUGGCGGACUUUAAGGGCGUUCUGCAGCGACCCAGCUACAAGUUCUUCUUCAAGUCUAUGGACGAUGAUUUCGGAGUUGUGAAGGAGGAGAUCUCAGAUGACAAUGCUAAGCUACCCUGCUUCAAUGGCCGCGUGGUGUCCUGGCUGGUAUCAGCUGAGGGCUCACACCCAGAGCCAGCCCCCUUCUGUGCUGAUAACCCAUCAGAGCUGCCACCACCUAUGGAGCGCACAGGAGGAAUCGGGGACUCCCGACCCCCAUCCUUCCACCCUCAUGCUGGUGGGGGCAGCCAGGAGAACCUGGACAAUGACACAGAGACAGAUUCCUUGGUAUCUGCCCAGCGGGAGCGGCCACGUCGGAGGGAUGGCCCAGAGCAUGCAACCCGGCUAAAUGGAACUGCAAAGGGGGAGCGGCGGCGAGAGCCUGGUGGUUAUGAUAGCUCGUCCACCCUUAUGAGCAGUGAGCUGGAGACCACCAGCUUCUUUGAUUCAGAUGAGGAGGAUUCUACCAGCAGGUUCAGCAGCUCCACAGAACAGAGCAGUGCCUCACGCCUGAUGAGAAGACACAAGCGGCGGCGGCGGAAGCAGAAGGUCUCACGGAUUGAGCGGUCCUCAUCCUUCAGCAGCAUCACAGACUCUACCAUGUCUCUCAACAUCAUCACAGUUACUCUCAACAUGGAGAAGUAUAACUUCUUGGGCAUCUCCAUUGUGGGCCAAAGCAAUGAGCGUGGUGACGGAGGCAUCUACAUUGGCUCUAUCAUGAAAGGUGGGGCUGUGGCUGCUGAUGGACGCAUCGAACCAGGAGAUAUGCUGUUACAGGUAAAUGAGAUCAACUUUGAGAACAUGAGUAAUGAUGAUGCAGUUCGGGUACUACGGGAGAUUGUGCACAAACCAGGGCCCAUUACCCUGACUGUAGCCAAGUGCUGGGACCCAAGUCCACGUGGUUGCUUCACAUUACCCAGGAGUGAGCCCAUCCGGCCCAUUGACCCUGCGGCCUGGGUCUCUCACACUGCAGCCAUGACGGGCACCUUCCCUGCCUAUGGCAUGAGCCCCUCCCUGAGCACAAUCACCUCCACCAGCUCCUCCAUCACCAGCUCCAUCCCUGACACAGAGCGCCUGGACGACUUCCAUCUGUCCAUCCACAGUGACAUGGCCGCCAUCGUAAAAGCCAUGGCCUCCCCUGAAUCAGGGUUGGAGGUCCGAGAUCGCAUGUGGCUCAAGAUUACCAUUCCUAACGCUUUUAUCGGCUCAGAUGUGGUAGACUGGCUGUACCACAAUGUCGAAGGCUUCACUGACCGGCGGGAGGCCCGCAAGUAUGCCAGCAACCUGCUGAAAGCUGGCUUCAUCCGCCACACUGUCAACAAGAUCACCUUCUCUGAACAGUGCUACUACAUCUUCGGAGACCUCUGCGGCAACAUGGCCAACCUGUCCCUCCACGACCACGACGGUUCCAGCGGUGCCUCUGACCAAGAUACGCUGGCCCCUUUGCCACACCCGGGGGCUGCCCCUUGGCCUAUGGCUUUCCCUUACCAGUACCCACCACCCCCACACCCCUACAACCCCCACCCAGGCUUCCCGGAGCUAGGCUACAGCUAUGGUGGGGGCAGCGCCAGCAGUCAACACAGUGAAGGCAGUCGGAGCAGUGGCUCAAACCGUAGUGGCAGCGAUCGUCGGAAGGAGAAGGACCCAAAGGCUGGAGACUCCAAGUCCGGCGGCAGCGGCAGUGAGUCGGACCACACGACACGCAGCAGCCUGCGGGGGCCACGAGAGCGGGCACCCAGUGAGCGCUCAGGGCCCGCGGCCAGCGAGCAUAGCCACCGCAGCCACCAUUCACUGGCCAGCAGCCUGCGCAGCCACCACACGCACCCAAGCUAUGGCCCUCCAGGAGUGCCCCCUCUCUACGGCCCCCCAAUGCUGAUGAUGCCCCCGCCGCCUGCAGCCAUGGGGCCCCCAGGAGCCCCUCCCGGCCGCGACCUGGCCUCGGUGCCCCCAGAACUGACCGCCAGCAGACAGUCCUUCCGCAUGGCCAUGGGAAACCCCACCAAGAAUUUCGGGCUGUUUGACUUUCUGUGAACCCCCCAGCAAGGGGAGGCCCAGCCUCCGAGGAGACCAGGAACCCUGCUUCAGGAGCCCCUCGGGGCUUCCCAAGGAUGUCCAGCCCCUACACCCACACUUCAGUAUUUCUAGGCUUCUGGGAAGGGCCUCAGCCUUACCCAUGCACAAGGAYCCUGUUCUCUUUUCCAUAGAAUAUUCUUCCCCUCUAUAUCUCUCCCCUACCCACCCUCUCUCUCUCACUCACACACACACAAACACACACACAUAUACAAAUACACACAGGUGCCUAUGCAAGUUCACUUAAGCCUCAGGGCUGGACCCUGCCCAGAGGGCUGGACCCUCUCUCCAAGUCCUUUCCUAGAUAGUGGGGCUGGUCCCCUGACUUUCCUCUCCCCUUACUCAUAGCCCUCAAGCCACAUAUCCCCAACAUUUUCCUACCUGGAUAAGCCUAUAAGCUGAGUCUCAGGCUGGGCUCAACAGAGAACUCUCCAGGUAACUGACAGGCCAUCUCACACAUACCCCAACACACACACACACACACACACACACACACACACUUCCCAGUUUGCAUACACCGUGACACUCCAGAACAAGGACAGGAACCCAUAGGCCAGUUGGGAGUUGGGCAAGAGGGCUUCCAGGACUUUCAAACAGAGUUCCAGUUUUUGUUUUUUUUUUUUUUAACCUUAUUCUCCACUUUAAACAAAUCACAACUUUCACUUCUAGCCUGUGCUUUAAAUUCUCCUGACUUGCCCAGGCUCCCAUAUUUUUAGGGACAGGGUGUCAAGAGUAAUAUGAAAUCCUUAGCCCAGGUUUUAGGGCAAACCAAAGUAGGGGCAUUUUGACAUUCUUUCAUACAACAAAUACUUCUGGGGUUUUAGUGAACAAAGUGCUGUGUUGGACACGUGACUCAAUCUUGCUUGCCUUCUGGAAGCUUCGAGUUUACUCCCAACCAGGCUGUGGCUUCUUCUAGCCACCACUACAGGGCCAUCUCCUGUACUCCUCUAACUCUGCCUCGUCUUGCUUUGUUGAGAACACCUCUACUAUACUAUACCUUCAGUGUCAAUUCUUACAUUGUUCCUUCUUUGGUCCACUUCUCUUUCUUCUGUAUUUUUUCCCAAAAUGGUCUCAUCAAUCCUGAUGUCCUCAAUUGCUGCUGAUAUGCUGGUGAUUCCCAAAAAUAUAACCCCAAAUUCCCUCAAUCUUCAGAUCUGUAUUUUUAUUAACCACUGAACAUCACCACGGACAUGUCUAUAUGGACUCAAGUCAUGUCCCCAACCAAGUGUGUUCCUUUUGAAUUCCAGUCCUAGUGACUAUCACAAUCUACACAGGCACACCAGUCAGAAACAUUUACAGGCUUAAAUUCUUUCUUGUAUCUUACCAGUCAGCAUAUCACAUCUUUUCCACUCCAACAAUCUUUCUUGAAUUUGGCCCUUUCUUUCCCCUUUACCUCUAAUUUACCAGAGCCUGGGAUUUGGAGUGUUCUGGGUUUGAAUUCCAGCUCUAUUUCCUUUUGGUUGCGUGAUAGGAGAGUUAUUUAACCUCUCUGAGCCUCAGUUCUCUCGUAUGUAAAAUGAUGAUAAUAAUACCUACCUCACAGGGUUGUUGUGAGGAUUUAAAUUAGAUAUUGUACGAAAAGUGCCUAGCACAGUGCCUGGCACAUGAUAGAGUAGGUGCUCAAUAAAUGGUAACCAUUAUUAUUAUUA